UCCGACUAUAAGCAUCAAGUGCUUCCAGAUUUAGCUAGCGUCAGUAGAUACCGUUUCAUUUUGUCUACCCCAUUUUGGGGGGGUUUGUUGGUCAUUGGUUUGCAAGGUAGCUCAAGGCUGGCUUCACUGACCAAAUAUGCAGAAAUAUGAAAAGCUUGAAAAAAUUGGAGAGGGUACAUAUGGAACUGUUUUUAAAGCUAAAAACAGAGAAACGCAUGAAAUUGUGGCAUUAAAACGGGUCAGGUUGGACGACGACGACGAGGGGGUGCCAAGUUCUGCUUUAAGAGAAAUCUGUCUUCUGAAAGAACUAAAGCAUAAAAACAUUGUCAGAUUGCAUGAUGUGUUGCACAGUGACAAGAAGUUAACGUUGGUUUUUGAAUAUUGUGAUCAGGAUUUGAAGAAAUAUUUUGACAGCUGUAAUGGGGAUCUAGAUCCUGAAACUGUGAAGUCGUUCAUGUACCAACUGUUGAAAGGCCUCGCUUUCUGUCACAGUCGAAAUGUUCUUCAUAGAGAUCUGAAACCACAAAAUCUUCUCAUCAACAGAAAUGGGGAACUGAAGCUUGCUGACUUUGGGUUGGCUCGAGCUUUUGGCAUUCCUGUGAGAUGUUACUCAGCAGAGGUUGUGACGUUGUGGUACCGACCUCCAGAUGUGUUGUUUGGUGCUAAACUUUAUUCUACCUCUAUUGACAUGUGGUCAGCUGGCUGCAUAUUUGCAGAACUGGCUAACGCUGGAAGGCCGUUAUUCCCUGGCAAUGAUGUGGAUGACCAGUUGAAAAGAAUCUUCAGAUUGUUGGGCACACCUACUGAGGAACAGUGGCCAACAAUGACAAAACUUCCUGAUUAUAAGCCAUAUCCCAUGUAUCCAGCCACCACCUCCCUUGUGAAUGUGGUUCCUAAACUAAGUAGCACAGGAAGGGAUCUACUGCAGAACCUGUUGAAGUGUAAUCCCGUACAGAGGAUUUCAGCUGAAGAGGCCUUGCAGCACCCCUACUUCGCAGAUUUCUGCCCACCCUAAAAUGCUAAAUUGCCUGUCACCGAGCCACAGCCGCAAGAAUCAAUCAUCCUUCACUCUGUUUGGUCAUUAGGAGCGAUUCUCAACAAGGCAAAUCCCUCACUGGGAUUCUGACACUCCCAUGCAGUUCAUUUUGUUGUGCCUCUGUGUGGAACAAAGCCCCAGUGGCUCUGCUAAGCUUUAGGUCUUUUAAGUUAAAAGCCUGUUUUAAUUUGGUUCAAACAUCACUCCAAGUUAAUUAGCACCAAUGAGGGCAGGGUUACAUUCAAUACAUUUUAUUGUCAUAAGUUUUCUUUUUUGUCUAAGUUAAAUUCUCAAAGCAACAAACUGUUUUCUAUCAAUUUUCUUUAGUGGUCCCUCGUCAUCUAUGGUGAUAUAAUUUGGUGAGUUAACGUCAGAUGCCUGCCAAAGUGCUUGUACUUAGUGCAUCAAUCACUAACACGCCUUUGUGGAGAUGUAGUUUCUAUUCUUGAUGGAUUGUGUUUCAGUAGUUCUUUUUGCUUAUACAAGUCUUAACACCUGUAGAGAGCAGUGUAAGUGUUAGUAAUCCCAUAUCUGAUAUAUUUAUAUUUGCAGGUGUGGAAGUGCGACUGAAAGUUAGUCAGCUUUUAACAACUUCUUUGUUUAGGAACUUUUAUGAUUGAUAUGUCUACAGUUCCAGUCAGAGGUUUCUAUACGCUUAUCAUCUGUAAUAUAUUAUUUUGAGGCUGUUAAUAAAUUAUUUAAACUGCUAUUUUCUAGGAUAGAUUGCUUAUACGAUAUACAGCUUCAGUAAAUUUGUUUUCUACAAAAACAAUUAAGGGUAGAAGUGAAAAUUUUUUUUAAAAAAAUCAUAGAUUAAUAACUUCUAAUCCUAUAGUCCGGCAGUAAAUUAUACCAGGCCCACUGUAUUUAUGUUUUCCUGCAGAGGUUUCUGGCAUAAACCUGGGUGGAUAUUUGAUCACUCAUCCUGGCAGAAUAUUGUUAAGUUGCUUGGUCUCCUGACCCACACUCAACUUUUCAGUAUAAUUGUGAAGUUUAGGUCAGGCCUUUUUAAGUCAGCUUUAUCCAAGCCAAAUCCAGUUUUGAUGUUUGCUUGAAUUGGUGUCCUGUUGGAACAGUUUUAACCAGCUUGCUGUUGGGUUGAGGUGGAAUUGAAAAAUAGAGAAAGAUCUCCAGCAUUAUUCCAUCCUCUCUGCAGCAUGAAUCCCUACAGUGCUUGAUCAUGUUCUUAGAUUCUAACUCCCCAAUCCACCAACACACUUCUUCCUAUUGAGGUCAAAUGUUUUCCGUCUUUACCUUCUCUGACCAUGAAACGUUUCACCUGUUGGUAUUAUGUCAACUCAAAGGUGCUGUGGGGGUUGUAACUUGCUUCACUCAGGACUGUAACAACGCUGUUCAAGUAGUUUCUACUAAUAAAUUUGAUUAUUGCUCAUGAUGAGUGUAUAUAAACUCAUGAACAAAACUGUGUAGCACUAUAUUUAAAUUAUUUCGCACUUUGUUUAUGCCUUAUUAGUGUUCUUGCGAAGCUGUUGCUGUUCCACUUUGGUAAUUUAGAGGCAGUUAUGUGAAGCAUCAGUGUGUGCUUACAUACAAGCAGCUUAUCUUGCAUCAAUCAGCAGCAUGACAGCAGCCUUGUUGAUUAGAUUUGUAUGCUUCAUGCACUGUCCCCACUUUACAUUUACAUUCCAGUCUCCCCAACCCUCUGUAAUGUCCAUUAGGGUGCAGGUCUGGAUUGAAGGGAAGGUUAAUGCAUAUCUGGUUCUGUAAAGCUUAUGAGUAAAUAUCUUACCUGCAGUGCAUACCUUUCUUGUGUCCAUUUGGUAUAAAUUCAGAUUGGUUAGCCCGGGUUGCUGACGCUAACAGCUAGCUCAGAGGACCCAAUAACAAAGGGGAUCGGUGUAGUUUAAAACUUCGAUAUCAAAAGCGACAUAAUUUAUGUGAGCACUAUUUAACUGUAAAAUGCGUUACAUCUGCAUGAUGUGAUCUAAACAGUGAUGAUGAAUGCUUGCAUAGGGCAUAUUCAGUGUCCAAUACAAUAAAUUGUAGGAUUUAAUUAAUUUUUUCUUAGUAUAAACUUGUUCUUUUCUUUAAAGGUUAAACUAGCUGCAGAUUUUAUUUUCCCCACCUGUGACUGCUACCAAAUAAACAAUUUUCCAAGAAAUAACACAAAGAAGGAUGAAAAGACCGCAGGCUAUUUUUACUUUGAGGACUUAAUGCGUUUAGCAUUUCUUAUAUUUUAAAUGCUGAUUCAGAAGUGUUUGUUCCACAGACCAUUGCAGAUUGUAGAUUAGUAUGAAAAGGAACUUUUAUUGAUAUAAGUUUUUAUUCUCAGGCUUUUUGUUUCCAUCUUUGCAUUUAUAUUUGUGCACUUUGUCACAAUAGUUUUGAAGAUCAUUACACGUUAAACACGGACAUUCAGAAUAAUAAAGCUAUUGCUAAGUAGACCAAUAUUUACAUUAUGACCAUUUGUGAAACAUUUACUAUUUUGACACUGUUUAUCUCUGCAAUGCUUUUUUUAAAAAUGAUUUUCUACUAGUUGAAAGAGAAAACAACACAUUUAAUUCUGUAAACUAUUGUUUUGCACCAUGAGCUUUUUCUGUUUAGUAAUUGCCAUAUUAACAGUUAGCUGUUGUAUUCCGCUCCAGAUGAUUACAGUAACGUGUCUGCUACUAAAAGCAAAAGGGCAACUUUCUCACUGGGGAAAAUAUUUUUCCUUCAUUGGAAUUAUGUAAAAUAGUUAAUGGGUGCAUGUAUUUAUUAAACAUGGAAUGUCUGUUUUCUUUUACUUAAAAAUGUAGCAAAACUUUUAGUUGGUACAGAAUUGUAUUCUCAGUAGUUGCAUAGAUAUGUUGGAUUUUAGUGACAUUUUAAGCAUUUAAAAUGUUUGAAGGAUGCGUGCUUUUGAUUUAAAUUAUAAAGAAAAAAACAAAACCAA